UCCAAGUUCCCACCCGAGUGGCGCGGCGCUCGACCCGGAGGCGGCCAGGCUACAAGUGCGUCCCCAGCGCCGAGGGAGAGCCGAGAGUCCUGAGGUCGAAGUGGCUAGCCCAGCCAUCAGGGGUGCCCUUCAAUCUCCUAGUUCUUCCCAGGCCAAGCCCUCCAGACCGCCAAAGCCCCGAAGACGACAGCUGCUGGAGUGUCCACGUUGUUUAGCUGUCCCAGGCCCUGCUCGUCAACAUGGCUGCUGGGAAGGGGGCUCUGCGCAUCCCUUCAGCUGAGAACAGAUGGCAGCUCAGUGAACCUGAGCAGGGCUGCAGCUGCAAGCCCAUGCUGCGAGAGACAACAAACCUCCUGGGUUCUGAGGCCGCCAUGGACAUUGGUGGCCAGGAUGAGUUCUAUACUGAGCUGGCGCUGUCAGCAACCCCAGGCAAGUUCAGCUUGGGAAAGCCACUGGCUCAGAAGGUGUGCUGGGAACAGGGGCAGAGCGCCUUUACAGAGGUGUCUCGGCUCAAGGAAAGGCUGGAGGGCAGGCAGGCCAAAGAUAGGGAGGAUGAUGACCUCACAGGCCAGCCUGGCCCCCAGCAGCUGACCCAGGACAUUCCCAGGGAACCAGCUGGCAGCGUGGUCUUCUCUGCAUGGCCCAGCAGAGCCCGAGGGGAGCAGAGAAGUGCCUUCAGCAAACCAGCCAGGUGUCCCUCAGGGAGACCUGGGUCAACCUCUGUCUUCCAGGCAGGCAGACCUGCCAAUGCACUCGGGGAACUGUUGGGACUCAUCGAGACAGUAGAUGCUCCUUGUUGGGGUCGACUUUCAAACUCCAAGGUUUCGAUAGGUGAUUUCUGGAACCUGCAAGCGUUGCCACAGAAUGCCCCUCUCUGCAGUGCCUUCUUGGGUGCUCCCACACUGUGGCUAAAGUGUGCCGUGGCCCAGGUACCCACACCCUUGUCAUCCUUCACUCCCUCAUGGGCCCUCCUGCCACCCAAAUUCACCUCCCUGGGCUUAUCCACCCAGAACUGGUGUGCAAAGUGCAACCUCUCCUUUCGACUGACCUCAGACCUGGUUUUCCAUAUGCGGUCCCACCACAAAAAGGAACAUGCAGGGCCUGACCUGCAUUCUAAGAAGCUGAGAGAAGAGGCCCUUGCAUGCCCCAUUUGCCACGAGUACUUCCGGGAGCGCCACCAUCUCUCGCGGCACAUGACUUCUCACAGUUAACAGGCUGUGGAACAAUCUCUAGGUGUAGUGUCCAGCAUUUGGCAAUGAGGCAGAGAUGACUCACCGGGGCUUCCCUUGAAAAGGAUAUUUGCAGUUGUCUGCAGGGUUGUCUACAUUGGAACGCGCAGAUGAAUAGCUCAGCCAUAAUUUGAGAAAGACAGCAUUUGACUGUGAUGUGCUUUGAAGUAAAUAAUGUCACGAAAUAAAAUGAUGCUCGUUGCUAACCCAGGGUAUUGGGACUACUAGGCACAAUGUGUUUUUAGCAUCUUCAAGAUGUCACCAUUCCUUUUGCUCCACAUGGAAGCAAGUUUGGCCCACAGCAUGGACUUUGGAGACAAACAAACCUGGAUUUGAGUCUUGACCCUUUUGCACAUUAGACCUGACUUUGGACAAAUUAUUUUAAUUGUCUGAGCCCCAGUUUCCUUAUCUGUGAAAUGGAAAUCAUGAUACCUUUGUUUAAGGGAUGUCAUCAGGGUUACAUGGAAAGACAUGUGGGAAAUGGUCAGCACGGCACCUGGCACAGUGAGAUCACUGAGUAAAUGAUAUUUGUUAUUAUUGUCCCGGUUAGCCAGCUAUUGUUACUUAACACAAUCUAAGUGGCAAACAACCACUUAGUAUUUCUCACUCGCAUGUGUGUGGGUUGGCUGGGGUUGAGCUGGUCUUGGCUGGGUUUGGCUCCAGGUCGCAUAUUUAGGUCCAUGCUCUUAGGACUGAUGGACUACCCAGAUCAUGCGUUUCUCACGGUUAUGCCAAGAUCACAAGAGGGCAAGUCCAAAUACACAAACACGCCUCAGGCCUCUGCUUUGGUCACUUCUGCUAACAUGCCCUUGGCCAAAGCAAGCCAAUGACUAAGCCCAAGGUUAAGGAGUGAAAUGGGCAUGCUGCCUAUGGUGAAGUCGUGACGAGGGAGUGGGUGUUUUGUGUCCCCUGUAGGGGCAUGAAGAAUUGGGGUCAAUAAUUCAACCAUGGUUCUUCACAUUCUGAAUAUGUGAAAAGGGAAAAAAAUGGAACAAGACACUUGCCUACCCACCACAUAGCCCUUAGCUCUCAGGAAGAGAGUGUGAGCAAAAGCUUAAGGCUUAAAACAUUGUGAGAAUUGGGAGUUCUGGGUCCCGUUAUUAUCUAUUCUGUUUAUCCAUGUUUGUCUUUCAGGUCAUAAACUCUGAUGUCACAUGGGCCAGUUUGUGUGAAAGCCACUUGUUGGAAGUUCUUUCUAGUCAAUGCAGUUCUUUUGAGUGAUUUCCACUACGCUUGCAGGAUUUGUUCAUUUGACCUGCAGUUUGAAGCCCUCUGGUGGGGCCUCCAUCCCAGAGCUCAGGCUUGUGGUUGGGAAGGAGCUGGUGGGGGUACCAUGAGGGUGGCAUGACUAAGUCAGACUCAUGGGGAGGGGAGUGCAGUACCCCCAGAGGCCUCCUGAGGAGUGGGGGCAUGAGCUGAGCCUCAAAGUCCAGCAGGGGCUGGUGAUUCAGCAGGGCAGUGGCUAGGGAGGAGGGGUGGUGCUGAGCUGUAGAGUCCUAGGGAGCUGCAAGGCCACUGUGAG